AUGACUGUUGGAGACUCGUCUAGCCCUGGUGGGGCUAUCAGUCUGGCUUCGGGACUCAGCUCUCAGUUUACUGGUGGCUUGCUGUCGCUCACUGGUGGCCUUGGGACAACUGGGGGCUCGGUUGGUGUAACGGGUGGCGUGGGAAGCACGAACAACGGAGGUCACGUCAUCGUAACUGGUGGUGCCGGGUCAUCAGCUCUCGGCGGCGGUAUCUCGUUACUGAGUGGCGCAGGUGCCACAUCGGGAACCAUUUCGAUACUGACGGCCAGCGGUCAAAGUGCAACUGGCGCUGUGACUCUCGCAACAGGUAUUUCCAGCAGCGGCCUCAGUGGGCCCAUUGGACUCAGCGUUGGUGGCUCGUCGAGCGCAUCGCCGGCUUCUGAUGUGUCUCUUGUUGCCGGCCUUAGCUCUGCCGGUUCAGGUGGUCGAGUGACAGCGACAUCGGGAGCCGGUUCUGUCGGCGGUGAUUUGCUACUUACUAGUGGUGCAGGCUCCAACGACGUUGGUGGAACGAUUCGACUCACGGGUGGAACGUCUUCUGCUGCAACGGGUGGUGGUAUCGUCCUGACGAGCGGCGUGAGCACUGGAUCAUUUACGAGCGGAAACGUGACGCUAGCCACAGCGUCUGGGUCGUACCCAUCUGGGUCAAUUGCUUUGAACUCGGGCAGUUCAUCAUCAAAUUCGGCCGGUCAAAUCACGGCCACUUCAGGCACGAGCAGCAGCGCAGGAGGCGGUGGUGCGGUGACACUAACGGGUGGUCUCGGAAGUACUUCGACGGGCGGCAGGGCGUCUCUUGUCGGCGGACAAGGAGCCAUCGGCGGCACAGUUGCUCUUUCAAGUGGCGUCGGUGGUACAUCGACGGGCGGUCAAGUCGUUCUAGUGGCUGGCGGCGGCUCGUCAGCGUCUGGCAGCGGUUCUGUGUCAGUGUCGACCUCCGGGGGCGCCUAUCCUUCUGGCAGUAUAUCUUUAUCCACCGGUGCAUCCACGGCCGGAAGCGCCGGCGCUAUCUUGAUCGCCCCUGGCGCGGGAACAGCCGGGACAGGUGCGCCGAUAACGCUUCUUGCCGGGUCGAGCACCGCGUCAACGGGGGGCAAAACGAGUAUUUCCGGAAAUACGGGAACAAUCGGCGGCAAUGUGGAGCUCAACGGCGGCACAGGAACGAGUUCGACAACGACCGGCGGCAGUAUUCUCGUCACAUCCGGUGUCGGCGGUACUCGAAGCGGUCUCAUCUCACUACAAACGAGCAGUGGUGCCUUUACAAGCGGCUCGAUCAGCAUCUCGACUGGAACCGCAACGUCUAUUGGCUCAGCUGGUGGCAUACAUGCCUCUGCUGGUGGAAGUGCUGUCGGUGUUGGUGGCCCCGUGUCAUUGACGGCGAGUCUGGCGUCUGCAUCAACUGGUGGUAAGAUUGCUCUCAACGCUGGACAAGGCACAUCGGGUGGUAACAUUGAGAUGGCAUCGGGCGUUGGCUCGACGGGCGCUGGCGGCAACGUUCUUAUUACUGCCAGCGCUGGCGUUGCCCCAGCGACAAGUGGAUCUGUGACGGUGUCCACAUCUGGUGGCGCUUUUACAAGUGGCGCUGUUACUAUUGCAACCGGUGCGGCAACGGCAGGUGCUGCGGGAACCAUUGCUCUCUCGUCCGGUCAAAGUAGCACCACGAACGGCGGUGACGUCGUUUUGGCUGCCGGUGUGAGCUCGAGCGCUGUCGGUGGUCGGGGGCUCAUAUCGGGUGGUUCUGGCGUGACGGGCGGUGCCGUGACACUUACUGGUGGAGCGGGCUCUGCCGUUGGUGGAGCCAUCAACCUUGCCGGUGGUGCUGGCGCUGCUGGUACUGGUGGUAGCUUGAUGCUCACAAGUGGAACGGGUUCCAAUACGUUUGCAAGCGGCAGCAUCAACUUAUCUACUGCCGUUGGCGCAAGUACUAGUGGCGCCAUAUCUCUCGCUUCCGGCUCGCCCACCUCUGGAAUGGCUGGAACGAUUAGUGCUGCUGCAGGAACGUCAUCUUCUGGGACGGGUGGUCUUGUCGUCUUAACGGCUGGUAUUGGUGCUGCCGGUGUAGGUGGCAGAUCGUCGUUCGCCGGCGGACAAGGGACUCUUGGCGGCAAUGUCGAGAUUAGCGGCGGUGCUGGCCUCACAGGUCUCGGUGGUAACAUCAAUUUGUGGAGUGGUUCUGGGGCUACGUCAAGCGUCAGCGGUACCGUUGCACUAUCGACAUCGAGUGCAAGCGCUACCAGUGGCUCUAUCACACUUGUGACGGGCUCGGGCGCGAGCGGUGUCGGCGGGGACAUCACAGCUUCGGCAGGCACAAGUUCAACAACAACUGGCGGGAACGUACUUCUAGCAGCUGGCGUCGGUACAACCGGUGUCGGUGGCAGGGCGUCACUCAAUGGCGGCGUGGGUACAAUCGGUGGCAGAGUACUGAUUACAGGAGGGCAAGGCACGUCCGCGGCCGGCGGUGCUCUCGUGCUUGUGUCAGGUGCAGGUGCCUCGUCGUCGACCAGUGGCUCCAUCACGAUAUCGUCUUUUGGUGGCGUGAGUACCAGUGGAUCUGUGGCUCUUGCAACUGGUGCCUCCUCGUCGGGUACAGGGGGUGCCAUCUCGAUCUCAAGUGGCGCGGGAACCGUCGGUUUUGGCGGGGCUGUCGGUAUCAUUGCUGGUAGCAGCACUGUUUCGGCUGGCGGCACCAGCUCUUUUUCCGGUGGUCAAGGCACAACGGGUGGCAGCGUUUCUUUGGCAGGUGGCGUCGGCACCACGAAUCUUGGGGGCGCUGUGGCCUUGUCUGGUGGUGCAGGAACGACUAGCACUGGUGGUGCUGUUUCCCUCACAAGCGGAGCCGGUGUCACCACGUUUGCCAGUGGCAGUGUAUCACUCUCAUCCUCCGGAGGCGCAUUUCCAAGCGGUCUCGUGGGUAUCUACAGCGGCGCUUCUACAUCGGGCUCUGCGGGUGCAAUUGUCGCAUCCGUUGGGUCGUCAACGAGUGCCAUUGGAGCUUCGAUAGCUUUAACCUCAGGCGCCAGUUCGUCCGCUGCUGGCGGUCAACUCUCCCUUACCGGUGGCUCGGGCACCCAAGGCGGUGCCGUCGUGAUAUCGGGUGCGACGUCUGCAGUGUCUACGGGCGGCGCUGUCACAUUGACAUCCGGCUUCGCGCCAACGGGAAGUUUUGGUGGCAACAUCAUUAUUGCGACAGCGGGGCGCGAUUUUACAAGUGGCAGUGUCCAGCUCUCUACGGGGUCGACGACAAAUGGUGCCGCUGGACUGAUUGCCAUAUCUGCAGGCAGCAGUUCCUCUGGUACCGGGGCAAUGAUCUCGUUAUCAGCUGGGGUGAGUACAACGUCUACUGGUGGCAAAGUCGUCGUCGGAGGAAGCUCUGGCUCGUCGGGCGGUGGUAAUGUCGAGCUGUCUGGCGGGUCUGCUAGUGCCGGUGCUGGGGUCGGUGGCAACGUACUUCUGACUUCUGGAGUGGGUGGCGCGAGAAGCGGCAGUCUAUCAUUGAGUUCGCUUGGAGGUGCUCUGACCAGCGGUUCUAUUAUGUUGAGCACGGGAACAGCAACAUCGAUCGGCAACGCGGGUAGCAUUACUUUGUCCGUCGGCGGCUCUGCUGUUGGCUCGGGUGGCACAGCUACAAUGACUGCCGGAUCCAGUACUUUGGCCACGGGAGGCAAGUUAUCCGUUGCUGGGGGUGACGGACUAGUCGGCGGUGAUGUCGCCAUUACUAGCGGCAUUGGGACGGCUGCCACAAGUGCUGGUGGCAGUGUAAGUCUCUUGACAAGCGCGGGGCAAGGUGCCAGUGGUUCAGUGUCAGUAUCGACGAGUGGUGGUUCGUACAACGCCGGCACUAUCAUGCUUCGUACUGGUGACUCAACAACUGCCUCUGGGGGGUCUGUUGCAAUCGCAGUCGGAGCCAGUACCACGGGUCCUGGUGCACCGAUUGUACUUACGGCUGGUACAAGUGGGUCUGCGACCGGUGGAGCAAGCACCAUCAAUGGUGGUACUGGUACGAUUGGUGGAAGCGUCGCUCUGGCUGGUGGUGAAGGCUCAAGCACCGGGGGAAGUAUUGUGCUAACGGGUGGCGCAAGUCUAGCCAGCUCUGGUGGCAGUCUCAUUAUGACCUCUGGCUCAGGUGCAACGUCGUAUGCAUCUGGUAACAUCGCUCUGUCAACGUCGUCCGGUCCAAGCACAAGUGGAUCAAUAGCCGUUGCAACAGGUACCCCCCUGGCCGGGUCUGGGGGCAACAUCGGACUUUCUGUCGGUGCGUCAUCAGCUGGUUCUGCUGGCACGGUCACUCUCGUUGCGGGCAAUACGACUGACAGUGUGGGUGGCGCUGUUUCCGUCGCUGCAGGCUCGGGUACGGUCGGUGGCGCUGUUCAAAUUCUCGGCGGGGCAGGUAUUUCGACUGGUGGCAGAGUCGUCUUGACGAGUGGCGUUGGUGGUGGCGCAUCAUCGACAAGUGGCCAAAUUCAGCUCUCAACUACCGGUGACAGUAUCAACAGCGGCGGCAUCUCGAUCAACUCUGGUGAAUCUUCAACUGGGACAGCGGGGAACCUCGAAGUAUCAGUCGGUGCAACUGCAGCUGGAAUUGGUGGAUCUGCUACAUUCGCGGCAGGAGGCAGUUCAAAUUCUAUCGGGGGUGCAUGUAUGCGUCAAGUGGAAGUGGUACCUCUGGAGGCGGUGUCAGUAUCAGUGCUGGUGCGGCCAGCAGUGCUACUGGUGUCGGUGGUGCCAUUACGAUGGCGAGUGGUACCGCUGCAUUGGGUACCGGCGGUGCGAUUUCUCUCGUAUCUGGAGCCGGCGCCGCGUCCAAGUCAAGUGGAAGCCUGUCGCUCACUAGCACCAGUGGAGCUUCAGCAAGCGGUGAUAUCACUCUACAAACUGGCGUUUCGUCGUCAGGUACUGGUGGAGCAAUCAGGCUCAAUGUUGGCAGCUCCACUGGCUCUGACGGAAGUCCGAUUGUGGCGACCGCUGGCGCCAGUACGAAUCAAGUCGGCGGACGUUUGGAUCUCACAGCAGGCGUCGGUAUUACGGGCGGUGACACUCACGUCCAAGGCGGUGGUGGCUCGAACGGCAACGGGGGCAGUGUUUUUGUCACCUCUGGUCUUGGUACGUCUGGAUCAAGUGGAGCGCUCAAGUUAUCAACCAGUGGUGGAAGCAUCAACAGCGGUACCCUCAGUAUCUUGACUGGCUCCUCUACUACUGGUACUGGUGGAGCAAUCGCAAUUGAAGUUGGCGACAGCUCGAACGGCGCUGGUGGGUCCGUAACAUUAGAGUCCGGCACCUCUUCACAUGCG